AUGGCUGCCGGUCCUCCCCUAGGCAACCCCUGGAACGUCAAUGUCGGGAACAAUCCCAACAUCAACCGCGAGCCCCCUCCUCCCCCCAUCGGUGCUCCCGCUCCUCAAGUAGCACCUCCCGCCGCCGCAGCUGCCGGCGGCGCUCAAGUAAUCGUCGAGCAGCAGCAAGCCCCGAUUUACGGGCCUCCCCUUCAAAUCGGCAUCGGUGGACCCGGCUUCGGUGUUGCCCCGGGCAUGGGAUUAGGUGUGUUCCCACCCUUCCCCCAGCACCCCAUCGGCAUGAUGGACCCUUUUCUGUUUCCCGGCUUCGUCGGCGCAGGUCCCGGGGGUGGUCCUUUGGCUCCGAUCCGCGCUGGCAGUUUUCUACCAGGAGCUCACGCUGGGAUAGGGUUCGGUAUACACAACGCCGGGAUUCCCUUCCCACCGCCGCCGCCGGGCGCUAUCGCGGGUAUCGUGCCGCCAUUUGCUCCUGCGGCGCCGCUAUGGGCUGGUGGUGGUUUGGCAUUUGGAAAUGUGCCUGCUGUUGGGGGUGUGGGUGUUGGUAUGGGUGUUGUGCCCGGGAUGAUGGGGGGUGUGGGUAUGGGAGGUAUGGGUAUGAUGGGUUUUGGAGGUGAACACCAACACUUCCGCCCUGCUCCCAUGUUCCACGAUGGCAACCGUGGGUACCCAGCCCAGCCCGCUCAAGAAGAUGUGGGUCAGAUUCCUGGGGGCAUACCGCCUGGAGUCAUGCUCUGCGAGUCUGCCGAGCACACCAUCUUCAUCCGCAUCACGGGCAAUAUCUGUCCGUGGUUGUCUCCUGGUACGACGCUCGCGUUUGAGCCUCUUGCUGCCGGGAGUGCUACCGGUCUGAAUCGAGUGAUUCAGAUCUGUAAUGACGGUGUUUCUGAGGAUGAGUUGGAAAAUUGCGCGGUGACGGAGUGCAUUGAGUUGGGGAGCGGGCUCUGGGAGAAGGGGCAGACAUUUAAGUAUAACGAUGCGGUUUCUAGGGUGCUGACAAUGAAGGAUGCUGGGUGGGAUAAUACGAGGAACAGGAGUGGUGGAAACACGCUCCAUCUCUGGGGGCAUAGGGUUUAG